AUGGAAAACAUAGAGGUCGCCUGUCGCGUGAAGCCAUCAUCCUCAGCCGUCGAACAAAAAUGGACGCUCAACAUGGAGGAGAAGAACCUAACCACCGACAAUGGAAUAACGGUGCAAUUCGACCAUGUAUACGACGCGGCAUCAAAGACGGAGCAACUCAUGGCGAACCUGAAGCAGAAAGUGGAUCGAGUGAUUGAAGGAUACAAUUUGUGCAUUGCUGCUUAUGGUCGUUCGGGGAGUGGCAAAACGCAUACGAUCUGCGGCACUGAUGCGUCACCCGGUCUUAUGCAGAUGAUCGUCAAAUACAUCAUUCAAAAGCUUACAGAUCAAACUCAACGAACCUAUCUGAUUUCGGCGAUGCUCUUCGAAGUCUAUAAUGAGCACGUCUACGAUUUGCUGGCCAGCAAGAGCGACAACGAAUUCAAGCUACAAGAAGGCGGCCAAGGAUGCGUUUCAUUAAAGGGCGCCGUAUCACAUCAAAUUACCGCCUUGGAAGGCUUGGAUGCUGUGCUGCGCAUCGGAAUGACCCAACGACGAACUGGUGUCACAAAUUUCAACGAACGCUCUUCCCGCUCACACCUCGUUCUACACCUCGCCAUUGAAGGAGCCAGACCCGACGGCGACACUCUUCUAUCGCACAUCCAACUGGUUGACUUGGCGGGCUCAGAGGGAGCGGAUGCAAGCAACGUAGCCACACGUCGCGAAGAGGGACGCAACAUCAACCGCUCGCUUAUCUCAUUUGUUCGUGUUGUCAACUCACUUGGGAGUGGGAAGCACGUUCCCUAUCGCGAAUCAAAACUCACUCGCCUUCUUCAGCAAUCGCUUACAAACGCUCAAGUGACUCUCAUCUGCACUGUGGACCUCAAGGAUGAUGAAGCAACCACUUCAACUUUAAACUUUGCCAAAAGUGCCAAAUGCAUCAAGGUCCAGCUGCACAAAACGAAACUGGAGGGAGUUGGCGAAAUCCAGCGUCUUCAAAAUCUGCUGCGAGAACGGGAACAGGAAUUGACAGCAUUAAAAAUUCAAAAAGCGUCUGUGGCUUCUCAAGAAGAACACAAGCAGAAGAUCGAAGAAAUCAAGAAAUUUUUCUUGACCGGAUCAACAAAUGAAAAAGUAGUGCGCAAAGUUGACCGCAGGGCUUCCUGGGCUGGAAAUUGGCAAACUCUCGAUAAAAGAACUUGCCCAUUCGAAGAUCCCAUCCUCGACCAGCAACCAAAACGGCUCAAUGUGCUUGACGAGAUGGAAACCGAAAAUCCGGAAGAAGAAAAAGAAAUCCCCGAAAGGGCUGAGCCCAUGGAUAACUUCAAAUUUCAACAAGCUGACGUGGCAAGCCAAUGCACACUUGAAAUCGAGAGUGUGGAAGAGAUUAGACAAAAGAUGGUUCAAGCUUUACGCGAGGAACAACCGAUAGAGCCAAUUGAUUCUUCUCCCUCAAAUGAUACAAAUGCUAUUUCUGAGCUUCGCAAAGACCUAGCAUUGGCAGACGAGAAGAUUCAAGGGAGGGAAAGUGUCAUUGCACAUCUUGAGGAAGAAAAAAAAUCUCUUUUGUCGCGAAUUGAGCGUUUACAAGCGAAGUUGCUUAACAAAGAGAAUUUCGAAGAACAAUUGAAAUCGCGCCUGCAGGAUGUACGCGGCCAACACUUUGAGCAAUCCCAGCGUCUCGAGAAAAGCACCGCUGAACAAAAGUCUUUGAGGGAUAAGGUCUGUCUUCAAGAAAAAGAAAUCGCUGCUAUGAAUGAAGAGACGAAGCGACUUCAGCAGCAAUUCACCGCAUGUUCCCAUGAGAUGUCUGAACUGAAGCAUGCACUGGAAAAGAGUGAGCGGGAGAAGAACGCCUGGUUGCGCGAGCUUCAAGCAACCGAUGUAAAGCAUCAAGCUGAGAUGAAUGAUUAUAUAAAGAAGUAUCAAGAAGUCAGCAAGCAAUUGGACCAAGGUUCCAGCAGCAAAAACAUGGAUGCUAUUUCUAACAAGGAGAACAAGAAAUGGGUCCACGACAAUAAGGAAUACGAAUCUCCGGAGCAACUUUUGCAAAGAUUGGAUGUUUUGGAAAAGGAAAAAAUUUCCGGAACGCAAAUGUACCGAAAACUCAAAGCCGACUUUGCAGCAGCUCGUAAGCAGCUGGAGGUCAUGGCUGAGACUGCCAUCAAUUCGGACGACACUAAGAAAUGGAUAGUGAACAUGAAGGAGUACAGCAGCUGCGAGGAAUUAGUCGAGCGAAUCAAAGACUUGGAAAAGCAAAAGGAAUUGGGAAUCCACAAAUAUGAUCAGUUAAAGGAGCGACUUCAACAACUCGAAAAGCCGAUAAAAGAAGUAUCCUAUUCUCAGGAAAUGAAAUCGCCGACGAAGAAGCGAUCUACCUUCAAAUUACUAACUUCCUGUUUUCCCUACGUCGGUAAGAAGAGCACGAUGACGAUGGGAACACCAUAUCGACCAGAGAAGCCGCGAAGAAAAGAAAAUGGAGUGGAAGUGGCCGAUCAAACGGAAAUCCCACGAGGAACACCAAUUCUCGCAUCAAUCAAACGUACGCCUUCCCAUUCGAUGAUCACUGAACUGGAUUUUGACGAGAAAAUCGAGGCGCCAAGAUAUGAGCGGAAGCGCUCGAUGUCACUCGUUGAGGGAAUCGCCGAAAUGGAGUUAAGUCGAGCCGGGAUAACGCCGAAUUUAGGAAAACAGACGCUAAAGACCGGAGAAAAGAGGCCCACACUCGUGCCCCCUAACACGCCAAUCUCUCCAAUCAACACAAACAGAGCUUCAUAUCACUCGGCAUUGUCUGGUCGGGGCUACCCAAGGGGGUACUCGACACCGCGGGCUGGGAGUGCAAUACAUCUUGUCAAGAAACUUGACGAAUCAUCGAUUUGUUUGGCCCCAGGCGAACAUCCAAAUUUUGAUUUGUCGGAGUUAUCGCCGAAUACUUUCGAAACAUUGAACUUCUCGGCUUCAAUCGAUCGAGCUGCUCAACGUGUACUCGAAAAGGAUAAAGAAAACAGGGAUGAUGAUGAAGAGCCUACUCCAACCAUCAAACAGUUUCCAUCUCAUGUCCAUUUCCGCAAUCACUUU